GAACACCCGCUGGGGUCAAACAUGGAAGCUCCCAAUGGAGACGACUGUCAGGCCAAUCAGUUGUGCAACGCUGCCGCCCGCGGAGACCUAGUGACAGCGAAGAGGCUACUGGACAGCGGGGCGGAUCCCAAUGCCACCAAUGUCUUCGGCCGGACCCCGAUCCAGGUUAUGAUGAUGGGAAACUCCAAAAUGGCAGAGCUGCUGCUGCCGAGAGGAGCAGAUCCCAACCGGCCAGACCCCUCCACAGGUGCAACACCAGCCCAUGAUGCAGCCCGGGAGGGAUUCCUGGACACUUUGAAGCUCCUAUACCACAGGGGGGCUCACUUGGAUCAUCUGGACAAACAAGAUAACAGCCCGCUAGACCUGGCAAGAAAGAAUGGGCAAAAUCACGUGACUGAUUAUCUGGUUGAAAUGUUUCAAUGUGAUACAUGAAGAAGCAGUAGAAAAACUGGAGCAGGGAAUGCUCCUGAAAAGUAAUGAAAAUGACACCAAUAAAGACCAUGGUGGUAUGGAUAAGCCUGGGACAUUCAUGCUGGAUGCCCUUUUUUUUUCCUCAAGACUCAUGGAAAGACUAGAAGGAACAUGCUCUUUCCGACUGAAACUGGGGUCUUCUUUUUUUUUCAUUAAAAAAAACAUUAACUGCAUAUAGGGAAUUUAUCAAUUGGAAAAAAUAGUUCCAAUGAGGUCUCUCUUCUGGCUUGCUAAUUUGACUGUAUAUGUGCUCAGAUUUCCUCCCCACUUCCCUCCUUCCACCCAAACGGAACUGCAACUCACCAUAUAAUUCUCUUCCAACCCUUGCAUUGUACCACAUGGUUCCAAUGGUUUUAUGUUAAUUUGUCUUGCUUGUUCAAAAUAAAUAAUUUAUUGCUAUUUGGAGAAGGGGGGACAGUGGAACAACUGGAAAGAACUUCAGAUGAAACACCCUUUCAAACCUACUUGGGAACGCCAUGCUCCCAUCUACACACACGUACACAUCUAACUGUGUCACACCAUUUGGCUUCUCUUAACAGACUUCUUCCAACAGGUUCAAUAGCUUGGCAAGAUUUCUGCCCUCUGGCAUGAAUGGCCAGGAAAAUCCUUUUGCUGAGAGCAGUGUGGCUUCUUAAGCCACGACCUCCCAUCUUAUCACAAGUAGAAAAGAAUGCAAUCAACUCUGUGGUGCAAAUCACUUCAUGGAGCUGAGUCCAAGUCACUUUCCACAGCCCUGCUUUCAGGAAUGCUUGCAGAGGAGGGUCAAAAAAAUACAGCAUGUCAAUUGCAAACAUAUGAUCAAAGGCCUUUUCUAUAUGUGUCAUACAUGUGCUCCCUUCCACACACGCAAAAGAAUCAGGGCUUUGUCAUGCAGUUAUACGACUUCCAUCCUGAGUUUUUAAAAUCUACUCCUCAAAUGUCCUCACUCCCUUCUUAAUGGUAAGGACUUUAGCUGGCCCACUAUCAAGUCUGUGACUUUGGGAAGCACAUGGAUA